GCGGCUGAGGAGGUCCAGGGCGCAGGAGGCGGCGCCGCCAGGGGCACGGGGCCCGCUCCGCUCGCCCUUCUGCUCCAGUGUGGGUCGGCCCUCGGUUCGCCCUGGGCGGGGAGGCCUCGGACGGGGGAGUACAGCGGGGACAGCUCCAACUCCCACCCGCAGCGGCCGGCAGGAAGGCGGGCGGGGCUGCGCUCCCGGGGCGGGAAGUUGGAAGGGGCGCGGCUGGGCGGUGGGCGGCGUCUCCUCCCCGGCGCCCCCAGCCCGCCUGCUCCGCUCCUGCGACCGCCGGCGACCUGGUGAUCAUGGCCCAGUGGAAGAGCGAGCAGGAUGACUGGCUGGUCGUCUACCUGAAGUGCUUGCUCUUCAUCUUCAAUUUCCUCUUCUGGGCCGGCGGCUUGGCUGUGAUGGCCGUGGGUGUCUGGACCCUGGCCGAAAAGAGCAGCUACCUCGGCUUCCUGGCCUCCAGCACCUUUGCCACCUCAGCCUGCAUCGUCAUCUCGGCGGGCACGCUUGUCAUGGCAACCGGCUUCCUGGGCUGCACUGCCGUCCUCUCGGAGCAGAGGGGCUGCCUCUCCAUGUACUUCUGCCUGCUGUUUGUCAUCUUCCUUGUGGAGCUGGUAUCGGGUGUCCUGGCCCACAUGUACUACCGGAGGCUGAGUGACGAGCUGAAGCAGCACCUGCACCGCACCUUGGCGGAGAGCUACGGGCAGCCCGGGGCCUCGGAGGUCACAGCCUCAGUGGAUCGCCUGCAGCAGGACUUCAAGUGCUGUGGCAGCAACAGCUCAGCGGACUGGCAGCACAGUGCCUUUGUGCACUCACAGGAGGCCCAGGGGCGCCGGGUGCCUGACAGCUGCUGCAAGACAGUGGUGGCGCGCUGUGGCCAGCGGGUGCACCCCUCCAACAUCUACCAGGUGGAGGGAGGCUGCGUCCCCAGGCUGGAGCAGUUCCUGGCUGACCAUCUGCUGCUCCUGGGCGCGGUGGGCAUCGGGGUGGCCUGCCUGCAGAUCUGUGGGAUGAUUCUCACCUGCUGCCUGCACCAGAGGCUCCAGCAGCACUGUUAUUAAAGGCCAACUCUGUCUCCUUCUGACCACGCUCCCCAGGACCAGGCCCACAUCCCACACCUCGUGCGCACCAGGCCUGCAGACUCGGCCCCAGCCCAACAGGGCACAGGGACUUCUGUGAGCGCACCGAGUGCCUAAGCCUGCCGGGGACCCCCCACUUCUGCUUACUCACUGCCCAAGUCCAGGCAGGGAUGAUCCUGCCGGGAGACAGCCAGACCCCUCCCGGGAGGGGAGCCCAUGGACCAUGGAAGGCCAAGGGCUGGGCUCUCAGCCCCUUCCAGCUCCGGAACCUGCACCUCGGAGCUGAGGUGCACUGGCCACUGGCCAGCAUUCGACUUCUGCCUUCGCCCACUCUUCCCCACAGUAGCACUGGGGCGGACUCCUCCACAGGAGCCCACACAAGCCCUUGGAUCUGCCUGGGCCCUCUCAUGGGAGAGCAGUGAUGUGCCUGCUGACUGCCUUCUGAGAGGCCUCAGUGUUGGUGAAGGCUCAGUUGAGCCGCCAGGCAGGGGCAGGGGGCACACUGGCCACAGCAGCAGGUGCCACACCAGGGACACCCCUGCCCACCCACCCAUGUCCUGUGGGGAAGAUGCCUCUGGAGAUAAGGCCAGAGCCCUCCUCCCCCUGCCCUAAGGAUCACCUGGCUCAAGGUCAGAUUCUCAGGACUGCCAGGUUCUAAGUGUUACUAGAUGUAAAAAUCCAAGUGGAUGAAAUCCCAACCUGCAAAGUGGGGGAAUGGACCCUGAGAAGGAGGAGCCCUGGGUGGAGGGGCACCCCUACCCCUUUUUUCCUGGGGCGCUCUCCCUGACCAUGGUCACCAUGUGCUCUUCCCAGGGCCCUGCUCUGCUUCCUUUUCUACCAUCCUGGAGUGGACACUGUCCCUCCCUUUGGUUCUCUUUCGUCACUGAGAGAAGCAGGGAAUUUUCUGGAAGAACCACCCAACACUGAGGGAGAAUAGAAGGGAAACCCUAGAAUAGAACACAUAGGCAGAGAGUAGGUAUCGACUCAGACCAGAGCCUUGAGCAUCCUCCAAGUGGCUGUUUCGUAGGCAGCUCCUAAAACCCCACUCCUGGCUUCCAUCUUUCCCGGCUCCUGCACUUCUCCCCAUGAAGGGGAUGUUCUUACCCUCUCCACAUGGACAGUGGCACCAUGUCAUGCUGAGGUAAGGCCAAAGGAGGUCACACCUCUCCUCCUGACAUGGUUCUGUCUGGAGAGCACAGCUCUGCUGCCCUGGCUCAGCCCCGGAGAAGGUGUGCUCUCCCACACUCAGAGCCCUGCGUGGCCCAGAAACUGUCUCCAGAGCAGGAAGUGACCACGAGGAUGGAGGGACGUGCUGGGCGCUCCCUAGAACCUGGGCUGGCCUCUCUCACCUGCCUAGAGAAGGCCAGGGCUUGCUGAGGAAAAUCAUCCAAAAGGAGACAGGCUUCCCCAGCAGCCCAUCCUAUACCACAACCAAGGGAAAUGGCAGAAUGUGAGCACUUCAGCUGUCCUCCGACUUCCUGGGAUUCGGGCAGAUUGUCCAAAACCACCGCAACUGCCAGGCUUAUAGAGGAGAGGUGCCUGGCUGGAUCCGAGCUCUUCCCGUGGAGGCCUCAAGGGAGGUAGGAGUAGACAGGGAGAUGCCAAGCCUUCUGUGGCUGCCCAGAGGGCUCCCUGCAUUCUCAGGCACACGGGGGACAGAGGUGACAGGCAGGCGCCACUUGAUCAGCCUUGUCACAAGGCAGGGCAGGAACGUGACUCGUCAGCCCCAGCCCCAUAGGUUGAGUUGGCCGGCCUGACCAGGACAGGAUUAACUGUGAGCCCUGCCGUGGGCACCACUGGCCCUGACAGCCACUGGCAGGAAUGGCUGAUCAUUGCUGCAGAGGGAGAACUGUACAGAGCUUUUUGGAAAUGUGGUCUUGCUCAUGCGAGCAGCAUGGAGACAAGACAGGGCUAGAGCAGAUGGAGGCCUGGUUAGAGGAGGUGCCCUGGGUGGUGGUCGUUCAGAUAAGGACUUUUACCCCCACACACACCCACAAACACUGUUGCUGGGCUCUGGGGUGGGGACAGUGUGGUGGGGCACUGUGGUCCUGGAAUGUCGCUCUGGGACUCCCUGAAGGCUGAGUAGGGAGAGUGAAUUGGAAUGGUUACCUUCAGCACCUACCGGCUACCAGCCUUGCAAACACUACCUGCCUACACACAGCGGCACCAGGCCUGGAAGGUGGGUAAGAAAGUGGUAUUCUGUGUGGCUGCUGGGUGGCACUCCCUUUGUGGGGAUGAGAGCGAUCAGUAUCUCGGCUGGCAGUUGUCUAAUGUGCUGUACACAGCAGUCAUCGUGGGGCCCUCCCAGAGAGAGGCCAUCUAACAGUUCCCGGGGCUGCUGGUGCUGCUGGCCCUGCAGCCACACUUCGAGGUCCGCUACUUUGGACCACACCACAAAGGAAUCAUUGCCACCUUCCCUCAGAUGUCACAGCCCCAGGAGAGGGCGGGGGGAAGCCCACUACAGCCUCCCUGCGCCUCCUUGCAGCCCCUGUCCUGGUGGUGCCUGGGUCCUCCCCUUCCUCCCCCAGCCCCAGUCUCCCACCACCAUCGAUGCACCUUGGCAGCCCUGCUGCAUCCUUCUCACUCCCUUCUAUUUCAGCAUAAUACCCAGCCCUGUGCUCCUGGCCUCCUUCACAUCGCUCCCUCCUGCUCGUGGGCCUGCACACUCACCUCACCUGUACAGUGCCACUGGAAAUUCCAGGCAGCCCAGCGACAGGAGGCUCCCUGGGCCCUGGAGCCAGCCGGCCUGGAGCAGGCCAUCACAUGUGGGAAUGGAGAAGUUGCCUUACCCUACCCCAUGUAGAGAAGCCCUCUCAGGGCAGCCUGGCCCUCCCUCACUGGUCUUUGUAAGCCUCUGGUGCUAAGGGCGUGUGAUGAAGGAAUUAUAUCUAGGACUACA